GCUCUGGAGGACUGGAGAACAACAAGGAUUUGCUCUUAUUUGACAUUUCCUCCCCCACUCAUCUUUACAAAUUUCUCAGAGGAGAAUGAGCUUAAGAAAUCACUCUACGGUGACUGAGUUUCUGCUGUUGGGGUUAAGUGAGGAGCCAGCUCUUCAGCUGCCCCUCUUCUGUCUCUUCUUGGUGAUUUACAUCGUCACUAUGGUGGGAAAUCUUGGCAUGAUGGCGCUCAUCAAGCUGAACUCUCAACUGCAUACCCCCAUGUACUAUUUUCUCAGUAGUUUGUCCUUUUUAGAUUUCUGCUACUCGUCUGUUGUUACUCCCAAAAUGCUGGUGGGGUUUCUAAGCAGGGAUAAAGCUAUCUCUUACUCCAAUUGUAUGGCUCAGCUCUUCUUUUUCUGUAUUUUUGUCAUUUCUGAAUGCUACAUGUUGGCCGCCAUGGCCUACGAUCGUUAUGUGGCCAUCUGCAGUCCGUUGCUCUAUGCUGUCAUCAUGUCCCCUCGGGUCUGUUCUUUACUGGUGGCUGCUGUCUUUUCAGUGGGCUUCACUGACGCUGUGAUUCAUGGGGGCUGUAUACUAAGGUUAUCUUUCUGCAAAUCCAACAUCAUUAAACAUUAUUUCUGUGACAUCGUACCUCUUAUUCAACUCUCCUGUUCCAGCACUUAUAUUGAUGAGCUUUUGAUUUUUAUCAUUGGUGGAUUUAAUAUGGUAGCCACCAGCCUGACAAUAAUCAUAUCUUAUGGGUUUAUUCUGGCCAGCAUCCUCCACAUCCACUCGAAAGAGGGCAAAUCCAAAGCCUUUAACACCUGCAGCUCCCACCUGACAGCUGUUCUUAUAUUUUAUGGGUCGCUCAUGUCCAUGUAUCUGAAACCUGCUUCGAAUGGUUCACUCAUCCAUGAGAAAGUGACCUCAGUGUUUUAUACUACAGUGAUUCCCAUGCUAAAUCCACUGAUAUACAGUCUGAGAAACAAGGAAGUAAAAAAUGCAUUGGUGAAGCUUGUAAGAAGAAAAACAUCUUCAUAAUAAAUGUGCUUUAUACUGAGAUGAAUUUAUGUAUUCCUAAUCAUGUCUAUACUCUGAUCCCUAAAAGCAAUCUGAGCUGAGC